AUGUCCUCCGCAUACGCCAAGGCCAAGCUCAAGGCGAGCCGCGAGGCGCUUGCGGCCAAGCAGUGGGAUGCGGCCCUGGCUGCUGCCGACGAGGUGCUUGGCGCCGAGGCAGGCCACUACAAUGCCCUCGUCUUCCGCGCCCUGGCGCUGCUGCAUCUCGAGCGUCGGGCCGAGUCAGAGGCGGCCUAUCGCCUUGCCAUUGCCGCGCAGCCCGAUACACUGCUGGCAUGGCAAGGGCUGGAGAAGUUGUAUGCGCAGACAAGGCAGGCGCAGCUGCGGGCAGAGGUGCUGAGGCAACAGAUGCACGUGCUGAAGCAGAGUGGCGAUGCGACGAGGUUGGCAGAGACGCUGCAGCGGCUAGUGGAGCUGCACAAGGCAGAGGGCGACUCAGCACAACUGGCGUCCGCAUUGGAGCUCUACCUCUCCUCCUCGCCCUACUACCCUCUCCUCUCCUCGCUUCCCGAGCCCGAUCAAUCCGCGCCUAGCGCAACGACGACGUUCGAGGCGCAGCUGGCGGUGCAUGUGCGCUCGCUCGACGUUCUGCAAGAGGUGCUGCACCUCUACGAGAAGGCCGAGGAGGCGACUGUGGCGCGAGAGGUGGAGAAGCGGAGGACGAGGUUGGAUGUGGCACGCAAGACGAGGGAGGAGUUGAGAAGAAAUGUAGAGAGUGAUGUGCUGGGGGAGAGCAAGCUGCCAGCGCUGUACGAGCAAGUCCUUUCGCACGCCUCUGCGUCCGACGUCGUGCGACGCGAGGCCGAGAGCAAGUUGCUUCAUCAUCGCCAUCGUCUGCUUCUCGCUACGCCAGAUGCAGAGGCGAUGGCUCGCAAGCUGCACGCGCGCGAUGAACUUGUGAGCCUGGCAAAGGGCAUGGUGACGAUUGACGUGCCGGAGGAGUUGGCGUGGGAGGUGGUGCUGGAGUGGACCGACUAUGUCGCCCUCAGUGAGUCACUCUCUCGUGCCCCACUAGCGAUUCUGACGCGGUGGUGUGAUCUUCAAGCCGACCUACCUCGCGAGCGUCUGCGAGCCUUCAUCUCGCGCUUCCCGCACUCGGGCCGCAGCCUGGCGUUCCGGGCAUUGCUGCAUUUGCUGCAAGACGAGCAGUUUCUGCUGGAAGAGGCAGAGGAGACGCAGCGCCGCGAUGUGGAGCAGGCAGCGCCUGAUCUGCUUGCCCUCGCAAUCGUGAAGGCUCCACACUCGCUAUUGGCACAUCGCAUCGCCGCCACAUUCUACCUUCUCGACGGCGACUAUCUCUCCGUGUCGGACGUGGCCACCUCUGCGCUUUCGCUCCUGCGACGCAUCGAGAGCGAUGCAGCCGUCAGCCUCGGCAACAGCAGGCGAGACAUCGAGACGCAGCUGGCAAGCGCCUUGACGCGCCUUCAUCCCCCGCAACAUCACGUGCGAGCACUGCGCCUCGUCUCCUCCGUCCUUGGUGCUGCGCCCGACAACAUCGAUGCGCUCCUGUCCAAAGGCCUCAUCGAUGAAGCAGCAGGGCGCUGGGAGGAAGCUCGUGCCGCCUUUGCUGCCGCGUCGCCGCUGUCGCCAUCGCGCGCGCCGGCGCUCGAGGCGCAAGGCGAAGUCGCCUGGUGCGACGUGUGUGCCGGACGCCUCGAAGAGGGCCGCGUGGCGCUGGAAGCGGUCAUUGAUCGGCUCGACGACGCCGCCUCUGCCGCCGCACGCAGCGAUCCGGACCAGGCAUUUACGUGCUUCAUCACGGCCCUCAAGCGCUCCGCCGGCUUUGCGCCGGCAUUCACGGCACUGGGCUUCUUCUACGACGAAGUCGCAAAGGAUGCGGCAAGGGCAAGCAAGUGCUUCCAAAAGGCAUUUGAGCUGGAUGCGCGCGAAGAUGAGGCGGCACGACGCCUGGCCGAGGGCUUUGCCGAGGAGAGAGAGUGGGACCUCGUCGAUGUCGUGGCAAGGCGUACCGUCGAGGGCGAAGGCGGCGCCGAGGCACUCGGAGGCGCCGCUGGCAACGUGUCGCAGAAGCGCCACAUGAGCCGCAAUGCCUGGGCCUGGCGCGCCAUUGGCUCGGUAGAGCUGCACCGCGAAAGGCACGAAGAGGCCAUUGCGGCGUUCCAAGUGGCGCUGCGCGCCGAGCCGCACGAUGCAGGCACGUGGCAGCGGCUGGGCGAGGCAUAUGCGGCCUCGCAGCGCCAGGCUGCCGCUCUCAAGACGUUUGCAAAGGCGCUGCAGCUCUCGCACGGCGCGUGGCAGGUGCGCUACAGCAUCGCAGAGGUGCAUCGCGAACUGGGCGAUGUCGACGAGGCACAGGAACUGCUCGAGCACAUCCUCAAGGAACAGCCAGAGGAGAUUGGCGUGCGCGUUGCAGCGGCCGAGACGAGCCUGCAGCUGGCGCAGCGGGAAGUGCAGACGGGAUAUGUGCUGCGCGCAGAGGCGUCGCUCGAGACGACACUGCAACAUGUGCUGCAAGCCGUGCGACUCGAGCCUCACCUGCGCUCGGCAUGGAAAGUCGCGGCCGAUGCGCUCUUUGAACUCUCGCGCUUUGGACGCCUGGUGCAAGGCCGCACGAUGCGCGAGGGUGUAGUCGAGCAACUCGUGCAGCUUGCGGCACAGGACGACGUCGAUGCACAGCUGGGCGACGUCUCGUCGGCAGUCACUCUCAAGUACGUGGCGCAGUGCCGAGAGAGCGAGCAUGCCUACUUGUCUGCAGCUGCCUUCCUCUACAAGGCAUGUGUCGUGCUGCACGGCAGCGACGAGGAUGCAACGGCAUGGGCCGACCUCGCCGUGGCGCUGCACCAGCUCGACCUCGUGGCCAAGCUCAAAGACGCAGCAACGCAAGGCACGCAGUGCAUCCAGCGCGCCCUGAAGCUCGAGCCGGGCAAUGAGGCGCUGUGGAUGAUCCUCGGCAGCCUGGCGUUCAAGACGAAUGUCAAGCUGGCACAGCACUGCUUUGUGCGCGCUAUUGAGGCGAGCCCGAGGGACGCCGUGCCCUGGAGCCAUCUCGGCUUCCUCUACCUGCAGCACGACGACGCCGAGCUGGCAAACGAGGCCUUCAUCCGCGCCCAGACGCUGGACCCCGAUCUUGCGACGGCGUGGGUGGGGCAGGCGUUCGUGGCGCAGCACCACGACGACGAGCAGGCGGCGCGCGUGCUGUUCGAGCAUGCCGUCGGCCUGUCGGAGGGCUCGGCAUUCAGCUCUGCGAGCCCGCCGCCGCCGAUCCAUCUGCACUCGCCCGCCUCUGCGCUCUCUUCCUUCGUGGCGUUCCGCCCGAGCGACACGUCUGCGCUGCAUCUCUCGGCGCUCUUCUGCGAGCGCCUGGGCGAGCAGGCGCUGGCCAUCGAGCGCAUCGAGCGUGCCUCUGCGCUCCUCGAGCGCGAGUACGAGGAGGACGAGGACGUCGUCACGGCCACCAAGUAUGCCAUUGCGCAGAGCAAUCUGGGCCGCAUCCGUCUCGAUGCUGGUGAUGCAGCGGGAGCAAUCGAGGCGCUCGAGACUGCGCUCGGCCUGCUCGACCUGGGCGAGGGCGACGCGGCGUCCGAAGCUGUGCUUCCCGCAGCCAAUCGAGCACGCGUGCGCACGGCCGCGCAUCUCGGCGUGGCGCUGGCGCACUUUGCCCGCGGCGCCGCCGACGCCUCGCUCGACGCCUUCCGCGCGGCGCUGGCCGAUGUCGAGGGCAGCACGGCAGACGCAGACGGCGAGCUGCGCGCACAGGUCGGCGUGCAAAUGGCGCGCGUGCUCUGGAGUCUCGGCGGCGACGAGCGGCAAGAGGAGGCAAAGGCGCAGUUGCUGGACUGCAUCGCUGCGGCGCCGCAACACAUUCCCGCCAUCACGGCCCUCGCGGCCCUCGGCGUGCUUACGCACGACACUGGCCUCGUCGACGCGGCGCUGAGCGAGGUGCGAGAGCUCUCGCCGGCGCAGCUGCAGCGCCUCGACGGCGAGCGCGACGUCGACUUUCUGCUCUCGAUGGUGCAGUUCGGCGAUGUGAGUGGGCACCACUCUCGCCCUCGCCAUCGCACAUCGCUCACGCUCGCGCCCAGAACGACGCUGCCGGCGCGCUCGCGACGCUCGAGGCUGCCACCAAGACGCAGCCGCCAUCGAUCCAGGCGCAUCUCUCCCUCGUCGAGGCGCGGCUGCGCGUCGCUGCGUCCAGCAGCAGCGCCGAGGAGGCGCAGGCCGCGCUGGCAGCGGCACAGCUGGCCUUUGGCACCGUCAACUCGAGCGACGCCGGCGAGGCGCACUACGCGCACGCCAUGCGUCUGCUCGCGCUCGCCACGGCCCUCAGUGGCGCCGCCAAGCCGCAAAAGGCGCCGCCUCAGGACAGCGAGGCGGCAAACGGCGACGAGAUGCUGCUGCCGCCGACGAUGCCGCCGGACAUGGCGCAGCGCGCCCUGCACGCCGCGCCGUGGGUGA